AUGAUUAAAUCAAACAGAGAGUGGCUGAUUCCUGCAGUAAAGACGAUCAUAUUAUGUGGUCAAGAAAACAUACCAUUAAGAGGCCACCGAGAUGAUGGUACACUGAGUGAUGAAAUCAGCCAAGGAAAAUUUCUACCACUUUUAAAAUUUUGCAUUGACUCAGGUGAUUUGUCAUUCCAAAAAUAUUUAGAGACAGUGCCAAAAAAUGCCACAUAUCUGAGCAAAACAACUCAGAAUCAGCUGAUUGAUUGUUGCCAUUCUAUCAUUAUGAAAAAGGUACUCGACAAAGUCAAAGAAGCAAAACAUUAUGCUGUGCUUGGUGAUGAAACAAUGGAUGCCAGUGGUACAGAACAACUCAGUGUUUGCAUCAGGUAUCUGAAUUUACAAAAAAGCACAAUACCGAAAGACUUCAUAUGCUUUCUAUCUGCAACUGACAAACUGGUGUUGUAUUAA